GUUUGGAAAACAGUGGAGGGAGGAGGGAAGCAGCCAGCAUCGGCAGCAGCCAGAGUUUUUCGGUAGCCCUGGAAAUAAUGGAUAUUAAUUCGACGUACGCUUGAAAGGAAAUCGAUGUGCAUACAUCCUGAAAAUAGCACACCGCAAUUUCUCUACCUCUCCCCUUUCCUUCCUUGCAUUUCCUCCCAUUUUUCACGCUCUCCGAAUCCGCUCUAAUCCACUUUCUACGGGCCAUUUACCCACAUACGGUUAAAGACGCCUCUAACGCCAGCACAUAUUCCUCAGAUAUUAAUUCGUACCAUCUUUAAUUAGCAUUUUUGUCAUGACAAGCUACAGAUACUGGACCCUUGCAAUGGCACUCGUCCGACGCGAUAUCCGGGAACUCGGUAAGAGCGUCAUGCAGGCGAUCUCGGUCUAUCUGGUCGUAUUCAUUCUAUUCCGUGUCGCCCGCCGUGCGCUGUUCUCGCCGCUGCGCAAGCUGCCCGGCCCCUGGUACACGAAUAUCACCGGGGUAGUGCGCAAGUACUAUGCGUGGAAGCACAAGGAGCACAUCUAUUACAUGAAGAUGUUUGACGAGUAUGGGCCGCUGGUACGCACAGGGCCAGAUCGCGUCGGUGUGGGUGAGGUAGGCGCGUUCAAGAAGAUGAUGGCAUCACAUUCACUCCCAAAGACAUCCAUGUACUCUGACUUUGCAGUGGUCGGCGAAAACAUCUUUACCACGCGCAGCCCUGAGCUAAAUAGGGCCAGGAGGCGGCAACUCGGCCCGUCGUUCACUGCUACAGCUGUACGCGACAUGGAGGUGUUUGUGAUGGAGGAUGGCGUUCGUCGCCUAUGCGCGCUGCUCGAUGCGCAGAUCGACGCAGCGCAUAAAUCCCAGAGCCAGGCAACCAUCAUCAAUGUGUACUUUUCGCUAGUGAUGAUGUCAACUGACAUCAUCAGUUCUCUCGGAUUUGGCAAACGGUUCGGCGCCAUUGAUCUCUUGCGGACUAUGGUCCUGGGCGACUCUAGUGUGGCAGCCAAUGCCGGCGACAAGGCCGCUGGCGAGAUUCUGCUGCCUGCCGACAAGAUAAUGCAGUACACUACACAAACGAUGGAGCUGAUGGUCAAGGUGGCCGAGAUGCCCGCCCUCAACCGCAUCCCACCUCAUAUGAUGACAGCAGAGCUGCGUAACCUGCACAAGUCACGCGACCUAUUCAUGGACUUUGCCGAGGCAACCGUGGCCAAGCGCCGUGAAGAGCUUGCUAAUAGCGACGCAGGGUCUAACCGCAGCGACAUCCUCACACAGUACAUCAAGGCCAAGGAUCCGUUCACCGGAGAAAUGCUGACCGACAAAGAGAUCGGUUCCGAGGCCACAGUGCUAAUUGCUGCCGGUACCGACACGACAACCAACACACUUACCCACUGCAUACGCCUGCUGCUAAAGUACCCAGAGACAUAUAAGCGUCUGGCGGACGACAUCCGCCACCAGUUCAAGAGCCCCGCCGAGGUGUCCUACGAAAAGGCUCGGCAAUCGCUGCCUUACCUGCAAGCUGUGAUUUACGAGACGAUGCGGAUGCGGGCAGCAACGAAUGGCGUGUGGCCGCGCGACGCACCCCCUGAGGGAAUCACUAUCCAUGGCUACUAUAUCCCGCAUGGUGUGACCCUAUGUGGCUCAAUUGGCGGUGUGCACAUGAACUGCGAGACCUGGGAUGAGCCAACAAAGUUCAACCCUGAGCGGUUCAUGGGGCCAGAGGGCGCCCGCAUCUGCCCUGGCAGGCAUCUUGCUAUGAUGAGCAUGACGCUAACGCUGGCCCAUCUGCUGCUGCGGUACGAUUUUGCGGCCCUGUCGCAGCCAGACAUGCAUGUCAACUUCUACGACGAGGUCGACGACCAGUGCCGCAUCACCACCGGGCACUCGCACCCUGAGCGCGACUGCAAUGUCAUUAUCGCCAAGAGGCUCUAAUAUUUU